AUGGUCCGCCUGAUCACACACAACCUGCUCGCGUGUCACGCCAAAGGUUGCACCUCCAACAACUGCCCGCUACGCUUCAAGGCCGUCGUGUGGCCCGCGCUCGUCGACGCCGCACGCGAGCUCAGGGAUACAUCCCUUCCCGCGAAGCAGCCGGAGAUGGUGGACGACGGCUUUCUGAAGAAGACGCACCACGUCUUGCUCGAAGUGCGCACUGUCUCUCCCUUCGUUCUCCACGCUCGUACUGAUCCCUACGUCCACCGGGCCUCCUAUAUCCACGUCGAGGACGGCGUGUUGGUGUGCGCAAACUGCAGCCACCUCUACCCGAUCUCACACGGCAUCCUGAACAUGCUCCUCGCGGAAAACGAGAUCGGCUAG